GGAUGGAAAAUGAGGGAGGGACGGAGGGUUAAACGAACAUCGAGGCAAUAAAUAAUUAUCGAUUUUCAAACGAAUUUUCGUCGGUGAAAAAUUCAUCGGAGCGCAAGCAAAGUAAUCUUGGGAAACCCACGCGAAACCGGGGACGUGUUUUCUCAAUGAAAAGUCGCGGCUGAAUGGAACUACGAGUGUUACCGGUUUGUCGAACUCGGCCGAAUCGUCGCUACGGUUACAAGACCGUUUUACGUUACGCAAAAGUAAACCGGUGGCGAAGGAAUUUUUCGCGGGGGUGGUGAUUUUUGCGUCUGGCAAAGAUCGUUACAGUGCAGUGAUCGGCUAAAAGUGCGAUAAGAAUUUUACGUAACUUCUACUCGCCCCGGCGUCGCGCCCGGGAAGACGGGAAUUUCUAUACUUGGAAGCUUUCCAAAAUGGCUAAAAUCGCGAUCCUAUUGCUGGGCCUACAGACCUUCGGCUGCUUCGUUAAUGGGUCGCUGCUUCCGGAGUGUCAACCCGCCCAACCACCCGAGUGGGGAAACUUGGUCGAAAGAAUACUGGAAGACGGUACCAGACAAACGGUCUUCUCGUGCGACGAAGGUCGCAGGUUGAAGGGUCAUAAAAUCGCGACUUGCAUUUUCGAUCAAUGGGACGUGCCAACACCGGAAUGCGUUCUCUACGAGCAACGUGAUUUGCGUCUAGACCUUUACGUCGGAGACGAUCCCUCGUUGCUGCCCGAUUCCACAACGAAAAGUGCACGAAAAAAAGGCCAGAAGAAGAAGAAGAAGAAGCAGCAGCAGCAGCGCAUCGAGCAAGAAGAGAAGCGCCGAAGUAAUCGUCCGAGAAACUCUGGCAAUAAGAGACGAAAGAACCGAAAUGGUAAUCUAAGGUUGAAUGAGAGUCCGCUGUCGGAGGCACCGGUAAUAACGUUACCGAGCGGAUUGAACGAGACCACAGCAAGAUUAGACCUGAGCUGUUUCAUGAAGGCACAGGGCAAGAACCUCGUUAAAGCACCCACGGUUAAACACGCUCGUUCACCGAAGUACGAGAGACGCAACAACCCUGUUCCGCCCUACAAUCGAUACCUCGUCGCUGUUUACCUAUGUCAAGAUGGUUACGCGAUCAAGGACACGGAAGCGAAGCAACUAUAUUGCAGCGACGGCAAGUGGCUCGGUAAACUUCCGGAAUGCAUCAGGGAGCAGGAGCCAUUGGAACCGGUGAUUAGACGUUGCGGUCAAGAGCGUGGAGGAUGCGAUCACGUAUGCGAAGAUACUGAAAGUGGCUUCGUGUGUUCCUGCUUCGACGGUUUUCGCGCCGAGGGAUAUUCUUGUCUCGAUAUCGACGAGUGCAGCGACGGGACGGCGGGAUGCGAAGACACGUGUCGUAACGAACCCGGCACAUUUCAUUGCGAGUGCAGUCGUCUGGGUUAUCAGCUAAAUGCAGAUGGCAAAUCCUGUCAGGAUAUCAACGAAUGCCUGACGAACAACGGUCGCGGACCGUGCGAGGGAAAUUGCCGAAACUUCGAUGGUGGCUACGAGUGUAAUUGCAAUGACAUCAUUGGACACAAACUAUCAAAGGAUAAUCACACGUGUGAGGACAUUGACGAGUGCGCCGUGAAUAAUGCGGGCUGCUCGCACACAUGUUUGAACACACCCGGUAGUAUGUUCUGCUUGUGUCCCGACGGUUUUUAUUUGACGAACGAUGGCAAAACUUGUCAGGACGAAAACGAGUGCGAGAGAGAUUCAAAAAUCUGUGGAGAAGAUUUCCGCUGCGAGAAUAGUCCAGGCUCGUACGAGUGUAUCCCUUUGCCAAAAAAAAUAAUUAGGGUCUUACAAGAGGAAGAUUACGAUGCCGAAAAUGACGAUGAAAACGACGACGAAGAUGAUAAUUACAGCGACGAAGAAGAGGCUAUUACAGAAAUACCAGAAUCCGGUAGAUGUUCUGAAGGCUUUAGAAAAACAGCGAACGAAGAGUGCGUAGACAUAAAUGAAUGUGAGGCUGAUGAGGCAGGUCGAUUUCACGGUUGUGACCACGACUGCGUUAACGAACCUGGCGGCUAUCAUUGCAGCUGUAGACCGGGAUACAUCAUACAAAAAGACGGUGCUACUUGCCAGGACGUCGACGAGUGUACUCAAGAUUCUUCAAUUUGUUCACAUAUUUGUACGAAUACGGAAGGUUCGUACGAGUGUCAGUGCCAACGACAUUACAUUUUGCGAGAUGACAAGAGGACUUGUGAGAAGAUCGAAUACACCGUCACUUGUUCGGAGUUAGAACGUCCUUGCUCUCACGAUUGCCAAGACACUGAUUCUGGACCAAUCUGCAAGUGCAGUUUUGGAUAUGAGCUUGCUGCGGACGGUAGAACUUGUCAAGAUGUUGACGAGUGUUUUAAGAACUCGACCUCGUGUUCCCAUAUUUGCAAGAACACCGAGGGUUCCUACGAGUGUCAAUGUCCUGCGGAUUACACCCUGAAAGGGGAUAACAGAACUUGUCAAAUAGUGAAAACUAGUUGCGCCAACAUGCAGCCUCCGUGCUCACGUUACUGCGAAGACUCGGACAGUGGGCCAACCUGCAAUUGUGAAUCGGGCUUUGAGCUUACCCAGGAUGGAAAGAACUGCCAGGACGUGGACGAAUGCGCCACCUAUGCCAGCAGGUGUUCUCAUGAUUGUAGAAAUACAUUAGGCUCCUACGAGUGCCGAUGUCCCUCAGACUACGUUCUGCAGGAGGAUAAAAAAACUUGCCAGAAAAUUGAGCCACCGAUAAAGUGUUCGAAUCUUGAGCCUCCGUGCUCCCAAGAUUGUGAGGAUACCGAAAGUGGACCAGUUUGUAAAUGUAGGUCCGGUUACGAGGCAUCUGAAAAUGGGAGCUGCCAGGAUGUUGACGAAUGUAGCAAGAAUUCCACCAUUUGUUCAUAUACUUGCAAAAACAUUGAGGGCUCUUACGAGUGCCAAUGUCCUCAUGGUUUUAUCCUCAAGCCAGACAGCAGGAAUUGUGAAGAAAGCCAAGAAAUGAUUACCUGCUCGGUACUAGAGCCGCCUUGCUCUCAUCGCUGUGAAGAAGGAGUCACUGGACCAGAAUGCAAGUGCCUUGAUGGAUAUGAACUCGACGAUAGUGGCAGAACGUGUAACGACGUUGAUGAAUGUGCCCGAGGUGCUUGUUCGCACGGCUGUAUUAAUCUUGAAGGAAGUUUCGUGUGCUCAUGUCCUCACGGUUUGGACUUAAUCGACAACGAGAGGUUCAAUUGUACCGACGUGGAUGAAUGCGCGUUGAAGAAUCACGAUUGCGAACAAGAGUGCGUCAAUGUUCACGGUACGUACAAGUGCGCUUGCCACCGAGGAUUUCUUCUUAGCGGAAACGGUAAAACGUGCGACGACGUGGAUGAGUGCGCGAACGACGAGCACGCCUGUUCACACGAUUGCGUUAAUAAUCUUGGAAGCUACCGCUGCGAGUGUCCGGAAGGUGCAAAGUUGCUAAGCGACGGUCUAACCUGCGAAGACGUCGGAUGUGACGACGGCCUGGAGCUGGAUGAGGACGGUGAUUGUGAGGACAUUGACGAAUGUGCAGAGGGAAGCCACAAAUGCUCGCAUCGAUGCGUCAACGAAUAUGGGAAAUACAGUUGCGCAUGUCCCGAAGGAUUCCGAAUAGAUGACACAGGUUUUAUCUGCGUGACUGUAGAUCCAUGCGCGACGUCUACGAACAAUUGCAGUCUUGGAAACCCCUGUGACAUAGCUAAUAAUGGUUGCUCGCAUACUUGUGAGCAUGACGGUAAUCAAACGCGCUGCGGAUGUCCAGAAGGCUAUGAAAUAUCGGAGGAAGAUGAAAAAAAUUGCAAAGACGUGGACGAGUGUGCUGAAGGUCUCAACGAGUGUUCGCACGGUUGCACGAACAUUGAUGGAUCCUACAUUUGCCAGUGUCCCGAGGGGCACGAGUUGCAAGCAGAUGAGAAAAACUGUCGGGAUAUCGACGAGUGCACCGGGGACGGUCAUGGCUGUUCACACGAGUGUGUGAAUUUUGCGGGUGGUUACUGGUGUAAUUGUCCAGAAACACUGGCACUUGACCGAAACAAUAAAACCUGUCGGGAUAUCGACGAGUGCACUCUCGGUCGUCACAAUUGUUCCCAUCACUGUGUCAAUAUUUUCGAUGGCUACAAGUGCGAAUGUCCUCUUAAAUUUCGUUUAAAAAUUGAUGGUUUAAACUGCGAAGAAUCUUCUCAUGGUUGCGGCUCCGGUUUUCUUCUCUCUCUCAAGGAUAACGUUACCUGCGAAGAUAUUGACGAAUGCACCAAUGCCAAUGAAGUCGAACAAACUUGCUCUCAUAUUUGCGUAAAUACCCCCGGUAGUUUCCACUGCGAGUGUCCCCCGGGAUAUAGGAUAGCGAGCGAUAAUAAAUCUUGCGAAGACGUGAAUGAAUGUGUCGUUGACAAUGGUGGGUGUUCUCAUUUGUGUGCGAAUACCGAAGGCGGAGUCGAGUGUGCGUGCCCCGAUGGCCACAGACUCCUGGUGGACGACGGCAAGACCUGCGUCGAGAUCGAUGAAUGUCUGAUCGACAAUGGUGGAUGUUCACACGGUUGCCUGUACGAUAAUGGCACGAUAAUCUGUACUUGCCCAGGUGGAAUGUUCCUCGAUGAUAAAGAUGAGACUCGGUGUGUUCACAAGAACAUUUGUUCUGAAAAUAACGGUGGCUGUUCACACAUUUGCAACCAUUUCAAUGGGACCGUCUCGUGUGCUUGUCCAAGCGGAAUGCUGCUGUCGAAGAGCGAUGAAACACUCUGUAUUUCGGAUAAUCCUUGUCUCAACAAUAACGGCAAUUGUUCCCACGCUUGCAGCUUUUUAAACGGUAGAAAAUCCUGUGAGUGUCCUGAGGGAUACCAAAUAUCUCACACGGACAAUGUCACUUGCCUCGAUACGGACGAAUGUGCCGAUGACCUUGACGAUUGUGAGGGCACGUGUGUAAACAGUAUUGGGAGUUAUACCUGCACGUGUCCAACCGGCUUUGCGAUCAAUGCUGCCGACCAAGUGUCUUGCGACGAUGUUAACGAAUGUUUGGUCGAUAAUGGCAAGUGUUCGGAUACUUGCGUCAACACACUAGGAUCAUUCCACUGCGCUUGUCCAUUCGGUAUUCUGGACACUGAUAAUUCCACGUGCAUCAGCCCGAAUCCCUGUAAACAGGACAAUGGCAACUGCUCGCACUCUUGUCACUACGAUGACGUUCAAGGGGAAGCUAAAUGCUCGUGUCCUGUUGGCUUCAGACUCUUGUGGGAUGGAAAAACCUGUGAAGAUAUCAAUGAAUGCGAAGAGUUCGAGAAUGACAUUGAUACAGGCUGUUCGCACUCGUGUGUCAAUCUCGAAGGCAGCUAUCGAUGCGAUUGUCCAUCCGGCCAUAUUUUACUUCCAGAAAAUAUGAGAACCUGUGUCGAUAUCAACGAAUGCUUGUCCAGUGAGCACAAUUGUUCUCAUGGAUGUCUCAACUUGCUAGGAAGUUACAUAUGCACUUGUUACGUCGGUCAUUAUCUCCAUUCAGAUGGUAAAAUGUGCGAGGACAUUGACGAAUGUCAAGAACGCAAUGGUGGCUGUUCCCACGAGUGCACUAACACCAAAGGCUCCUGGAAAUGCGUUUGUCCUGACGGACACAUACUUGGAAAUGACUCACAAACGUGUGUGCAGGUGGAGCAAUGUGACAUCGAUAACGGUGGAUGUUCACACGCCUGUUUCAACGUACCGAUCGGCGUGAGGUGCAGUUGCCCAAUGGGACUUCGCUUGAGUGACGACAACAAGACUUGCGAAGAUUUGAACGAGUGUCUCGACGAUAAUGGUGGAUGUGCACAUCAGUGCAUCAACACCGAAGGUUCUUACAGAUGCGAGUGUUCCUCCGGUUACGUUCUCGAGAACAAAACCUGCCGGUUGGAAGAUCCUUGCAACCGAAAUAACGGAGGAUGCGAACAGUUGUGCCAAAACCACGAAGGCGAUGCUCUAUGCUCCUGUUUGGAAGGAUAUCGCGUCGAUGAUAUGAAUAAUUCAAGAUGUUCUGACAUAGAUGAAUGUGAAGGUACUCACAAAUGCGAACAUUUUUGUCUGAACACCGUUGGAUCUCAUAAUUGUAUGUGUCGACCAGGUUUUCAAUUGGUAAACUCUUCGUGCAUUGACAUCGACGAAUGCACGAGUUCAAAGGUCUGUAGUGCGGCCAGCACAUGCAUUAAUACGCAUGGAAGCUAUCGUUGCGAGUGCGAGAAAGGUUUUUCAUCCCACGGAGACGAUUGUAUCGAUGUGGACGAGUGUACGUGGAACAACGGCGGGUGCAGUCACACUUGCAGGAACACCUUGGGCUCGUACAUGUGUCUUUGCCCUGCAGGUUUCGCUCUAAAUCCGAGAAACGCGAGCCAGUGCCAGGACGUAAACGAGUGCUUGACUCUCAAGGGAGGGGGUUGCAACGGUGACUGCGUUAACACACAGGGGAGUUACUAUUGUGUAUGCGCCGACGAUUUAACGUUGGCUCCCGACGAGAGAACUUGCGUUUCACCCUGGAAUGAAGCUACUGGUGUUAGCAGGUGCAGCCCACUGAAACCGCCUGCUCACGGUGAGAUUAGAUGUCCGGGAUAUUCUUCCGCUGCUGUGGAUUAUCCUCACGGUGCCAGAUGUUACGUGCGUUGUCAUCGUGAAUACAGACUCGAGGGUGCACACACCAGGCAUUGUACGUCAAGUGGAAAAUGGAACGGACGUGAGCCCGUGUGUGCUCAAGAAACAGGUCUCACUACGGAGCGUCGUUAUUACACUGGAUCCAUAGAUGUCGCAACCGCACCCAGACCGUUUGUCAGAUGUCCAGCGGACGUGGAUGCUGAACUUCCGGCUGGUGCCAGUACUACCAGAGUGUCUUUUCCACAACCGAAGUCCAAUAUGGAUUGGUGGAGAUACGUGGACUCCUCACCCCCGUGGGGUAAGAAAUUGCAAGCGGAUUUGCCAUCAGGCACGUCGAUCGUCACCUUCACCGCCAGAUCGCCUAUCUCCAAUCACACGAGCUCGUGUCGCAUAGUGAUUCGCGUUCGAGACGCCCAGAAUCCGAGGGUCUUCACGUGUCCAACAUCGUUCGAGGUGAGGCUCAACAACGGCGAGCGGAGUCGUCUCAUUUUCUGGCAAGAGCCAACUUUCACCGACAACGUCAGAGUCGAGAAAGUUUGGAAGUCCAGGGAACCGGGACAGCUCAUGUAUCCAGGGGUUCACAACGUACGAUACAUCGCCUCUGAUGCCGCAGGCAAUCGCGCCGAGUGCCAUUUCUCCGUACGCGUACGAGAGCCCGAGCGUCUACAGGAUUCCGAGUGGAGGACGGAUCGAAGGAUGCUGAUAUGCCCCGGAAGAGCUCCACAAACGAUAUCAGCCUCGGGAUACAGGUGGCAAAUCCCAAGUGGCUGCUACUUGAGAUACACGAGAAUUUUCUCCGGGGCGUACGCCCUCCAACGACGAUACAACGCGGCUGAGCAACGAGGCGAUAAAUAUCAAGCUGCCAGGGCUGCUUAUCACGAGAUUCAUCCGAUUCAACGUGGUCAACAUUCGAGCUUUACAAGGACCUAUCCCCCCGUCGAUUACCAACGAACCAGGCCGGAGCAGCAAUAUCAUUUGCAUCAAUAUCAUAAACGCCACCAAGAAAUGCAGCGACAGCGACAGCGCCAAUUUGCUCCAGGCAGUAAUCAUCGCACAUUGCCUUCUUACGAGAGAGGAAGGAUCGAGAUGAAAAUACUCCCGAGACGUCGAUGUUGCACGUGAUAAAUAGAGUUAAACAACGAGAAUACGAAAGCUUUUUAAAAGGAAUGCAAAACGUGGAUGAAAAAAAAAAACAAAACAAAAAAAAAAAUUCAUAAAAACUCGUUUUUUCUUUUCAUUUGUAAUAUAUUUGAUACGUAAAGUGUUUGCAGUUUUUUUUUUAUAUCAUUUCUUCUUUUAUACAUUUAUAAUAUUAUACACACAAUUGUUAUUGAUCGGAUAAUAUGUUUAUUUGUCUUCUGUAACGAUGAUAUGCGAAUGACAGUGAUAUCAAUAAAAACGCAAAGGAGACAAUGAG